AUGAAGCCCUUCCCGUUACUCCUCCUUCUCAUAGUACAAGCUGGGAUUAGUUGCUAUGCCAGGAACAAUCACCUGUGUGCCCCUUCAUCAUGCGGCGAGGUCGGUAACAUACGCGAUCCCUUUCGAUUGAAGGAGGACCCGAGAGAUUGCGGUGAUUUGAGGUUUGAGUUAAUGUGUAAAGAAAAUCGCACGAUACUAUCUUUGUCUGGUGGUGAAUAUCAUGUGAAAUUGAUAAACGGUGCUAGUUAUGAGGGUUCCAUUGGUUGGGAUUAUGGGAAUAUCGAAGUGGUGGAUGUUGGGCUGCGAAAGAGUGACUGUUCCUCGCUUCCUCUCCACCAGUUAACGUGGCUUUAUUUCAGUGAUGAUGAUGAUGAUGAUGAAUGGUACGGCCCCACUGGAACCAGCGUGACCAUCGUGUCUUGCUCAAGAUGGGUAUCGGAUAUUGAGAAUUUUUGCACCAUAACCAAGUCAAUAGUUGCAGCCGAAUACUUAGAAUGGUUACCGGAUAAUCGCACAAUCUCCUACAACGACAUUCACAAUGCGAUGGCCGACGGGUUUAAUCUCUCCUACAAUGUGCGGCGGAAGAAGACAUAUAACUUUUGCUUCUUAGGCUUCCGAUACCGAGGGACAAAAUGCAUACCCUACUCCUACGACAUAUCUUCCUGGGGUAAGGCGCUUGAUGAUGCACUGAAUACAGUUCCUGAUGCCGGUUUUAUCUUCGCUCACUUCCUGGCAGCAAAAUUCAUAUUCGGAGCUCCAUGUGUAUUGAUACUUCUAAUCUAUAAGUGGAUGAGAAGGCACCAAGCAAUGGACACAAACAUCGAAGAAUUUCUACGAGCUCAGAAUAACUUUUUACCCAUAAGGUACUCUUACUCAAAUAUCAAGAAGAUCACAAAAAAUUUCAAAUACAAAUUAGGUGAAGGGGGAUAUGGUUCUGUGUAUAAAGGAAUGCUUAGAAGUGGCAAUGAAGUUGCAGUUAAGAUUUUGAACAAACCAAAAUCUAACGGCCAAGAUUUUAUAAGUGAAGUGGCCACAAUUGGAAGGAUCCACCACGUUAAUGUGGUGCAACUUGUUGGUUUUUGUUUUGAUUAUUCCAAACAAGCUCUUGUCUAUGAUUUCAUGCCGAAUGGAUCUUUGGAUAAGCACAUUGUCUAUUAG